AGUAUGCCAUUUUUUGUGUCUAUCAAUGGUAGUCGAUAACUGGCAUUUAUCGAUGUUCAUUACAGGAUACGUAAGCAGUCAGCUAUCACUUUGUGCGACGCAAUUUUAAUUUUUCGAGGAAGAAGAUUCACAUUAGUUCGAUCUAAUCAAGAUUACUAAAAAAAUGGCAAACGACCGUUUGGAUAUAGUAAUAUUUGGUGCUACUGGAUAUACUGGAAAAUAUGUAGUAAAAGAUGCAGUACAUUUCUGUAAGGAGCACAAGCUAAGAUUUGGUGUUGCUGGUCGUAGGAAGGAAGCUUUGGAAGCUGUCGUUAAGGAAUUUGCCUCAGAUAUUGACAAUAUAUCUAUUAUCGUGGCUGAUAUAAAGGAUGAAGAGUCUCUUACAAAAAUGACUCAACAAGCAAAAGUAAUUAUCAAUUGUUGUGGUCCAUAUAGAUUUUAUGGAGAACCAGUUGUUAAAGCUUGUAUUGCUACUCAUACUCAUCAUGUUGAUGUCAGUGGCGAACCCCAGUACAUGGAAAGAAUGCAAUUGGAAUAUAACAAAGCAGCGCAAGAAGCUGGUGUUUAUAUAGUGAGUGCUUGUGGUUUUGAUAGUAUUCCUACCGACUUAGGAGUCAUUUUUACACAGCAAAAAUUUGGAGGAGAAAUCAAUUCUAUUGAAACAUACCUAAAAUUUUGGACAACUGGAAAUACAAAAGGUUCUGCUCUGAAUUAUGGAACUUGGGAAUCUGCAGUAUAUGGCAUAGCUCAUAUGAAUGAAUUACGAGCACUGCGUUCAAAGUUAUAUCCUACCAAAUUACCCAAAUUUACACCAAAACUGAAAUCAAAGAUAUUACAUAGAAGUGAUGUUUCUGAAGGAUGGUCAACCCUAUUUUUGGGUGCCGAUCGUAGUGUCGCUUUGCGUACACAACGAUUCACGUACGAUAAGUACAAAGAAAGACCUGUACAAGUGCAAACUUAUGUUACAUUUGAAUCUCUCUUUUCUUUUAUGAUGGUUGCUAUUGCUGGUAUGAUUUUUGCCCUCAUGGCCCGUACAACAUUUGGUCGUAAUUUACUUCUGAAAUAUCCGGCUCUAUUUUCAUACGGUUUUAUUAACCACGAAAGCCCGAAACAUGAAACGAACGAACAAAGACACUUUUCUAUAACAUUCAAAGCUCUUGGAUGGACUGAAAAAUUAGCUGAACCUACAGAUAAGCACACAGAUCCACCUAAUAAGGAAGUAAUUACAAAAGUUAGUGGUGUUAAUGCAUAUGAAUUAACUAGCAUUGCAUCGAUUUUAUCGGCAAUUAUAAUUCUUAAGGAAACUGAAAAAAUACCUGACAAUGGAGGAGUACUUACACCUGGUGCUGCAUUCGGUAAAACUUCUAUGAUCGAGCAAUUAAAUAAACAUAAUAUUAAAUUCGAAGUGAUAUCAUCUGCCGAAAAAUAAAAAAAUUUUCUUUAAAUAUAUUUUUGGUAUAAUUGGGAAUAUACGGUGGACUUUUUAACAUACUUUAUAAUCAGAUUUGCAUUUUAUACUAAUAUUUUUAUAGCUUUUGAGUAAACCUAUUGUGCUUUAUAUGCAGAUUUCACAAUACUUUAGAAGAACAAAAAAAUUAUAUCUAAUUAUAUUUUUCUAUGUUAGAUAAACUAAUAAUUUUUUAAAUAAUUAUGCAUAAUACGCAUAUUAAGGUUAAGAUAAUAUGAUACUUCUGAUAAUUAUGCAACGCUUUAUAUAACACGCAUUAAAAAUUAUAUAUAAAGUUAUAUAAAAAAUUAUCAUUCAAUGACAAAAGGGAGCGAGUUAAUUAAGAGCUGAGCGCUGUAAGUGGUGUACAAUUUCUUCUAUCUUAUCAAAAUUUUUUUGUACGUUUUAGUCCUAAUUUUAACUGAGAUCACUGGGGAUUACCGACAAACGCAUAUAUGACCUAAUUUAAAUUUCUUUGCUGAAAGGAUGUCGCUUCGUACGUUCCUGUUCGAAGCAUACGAAAUAAAAAAUUCUGACAAAAUAGAAGAAAUUGUGCACCGUUUAUAGCUCGGCUCUUAAUUAGCUCACUUUCUUUUGUCAUUAAAUAUUUAUCAGAGCUUCAUAUUUUAAUUUUUACAAUUAUUAUUUUAUGUUUAUAUUCAUGAACAAAUUUUUUCACAUGUUAUGAAUAAUAUAUUAUUUCAAGUUACCUUUUAAAUCUAGAUAUAAUUUAAAAUAAUGUUAAAAUGUAUUUAAUAUUGUAAUUAAUAAAAAUCAUUUGUUUAAAUAUAUGAAAAUGGAAGAAG